AGCCACCUCAAAGCAUAUCUGGUUACUUUCGAUGACAGCGUAACCAUGACAAAAUCAUUGUCAAAAACUAUUGUCUUUUCCUCGCCAUCCACGGGUCAGAUAACCAACCAAUCACAGUUCACAUAAUCGCUUUUCUUUCCAUCUUAGAAUAAUAUUAUUAAAUCAAGCGAGCGAGCCUGGUCUUCAGGAGUAGGUAAUGUUGAAACGACAGAAAAGGUGGACAACGACUGUGGAAGGAGUAAACACUGUCUCUCAGUAUACUUGGUGGGAUUGCUGUGCAUGUUGUGUUGCCAUUCAUGAACGGGACUUUAGUUUUUACAUUUCGAUUGGAUUUUAUAUUUUGAUAGAGCCUACUUUUGGAGAACUUCAUGGUUGUUCGUGGACUUACAGUGUAGGUUACUUGCAUUAAUGUCUUAGCCAUAACAGAGGACGUGGAAGUAGAGCAAAAAUAUACCUGUUUAUUAACUAGCAACUAUGUCUAUGCUUCCAACUUUUGGCUUUACGCAAGAGCAAGUUGCGUGCGUCUGCGAGGUCCUCCAACAGGGUGGAAACAUCGAACGGCUCGGGCGCUUUUUGUGGUCUUUACCCGCGUGUGAGCACCUCCACAAAAAUGAAAGUGUUCUCAAAGCUAAAGCUGUGGUCGCCUUUCACAGAGGAAAUUUCAGAGAGCUUUAUAAGAUCCUUGAGAGCCACCAAUUUUCCCCUCACAAUCACCCGAAGCUGCAACAGCUUUGGCUCAAAGCACACUAUAUCGAGGCGGAGAAGCUCCGAGGCCGCCCUCUCGGGGCUGUGGGAAAGUACCGUGUCCGCAGAAAGUUCCCCCUGCCUCGGUCUAUCUGGGACGGAGAGGAGACAAGUUACUGUUUCAAAGAGAAGAGCAGGAACGUCCUCAGAGAAUGGUACACGCAUAACCCCUACCCUUCCCCGCGGGAGAAGAGGGAGCUCGCCGAGGGCACAGGGUUGACAACCACACAAGUCAGUAACUGGUUCAAAAACAGACGACAAAGAGACCGCGCGGCAGAAGCUAAGGAAAGGUACGAGGAAAACAACGAAAACUCCAACACCAACAGCCACAACCCAUUGACUUCUUCCAUGAAUGGAAAUAAAACACUUUUGGGGAGCUCAGACGACGACAAAACGCCUUCAGGGACUCCGGAUCACACUUCGUCGAGCCCGGCAAUGCUCCUCGUUUCAAACUCCGGGCUGCAGAUGCACGGCCUCGCGCCUCCACCCGGGCCUAGCGCCAUCCUCGUGUCCAGCCUUGACUCUGUGCACCAUCAUCACUCUUUGCACGACACUAUACUGAACCCUAUGUCGUCCAACCUGGUCGAACUCGGCUCUUAAACAUGGGACCCUGUUGGGAAAGACCUUUCUGAGUGCACAUGGAUGUUUGAGAAAAGCUUCAGGCACUUGAGGCAAAAGGAAAGAAUAGAGUCGGAAACAUGUGGCACACGCCGUGAGAGGUGAGAUGGUAGGCGUUUAGCUGAACAGGCUGGACUGAAAGGUAUUCUACCGGGAUGUAAUAACAUGGCAUACUGUUGAAAACAAUAACAAUAAAAUGUCUUCAUUCUUGUUACUAUUAUCGUUAUUAUUUUAAGGGAUACAUAUCAACAGAUGCAUAAACUCAAAGUCAGGUAUACCACGUGACCUUUCGUUUACACACAGGUUUUCCAAGAGAGCCCCAUUCAGUUUGAUUUUGUUUUGGGUUAUCAUCGCUAAGUGUUUUACUAUCAUGAGAGGCGUAUGUUAACGAUUACAGACUAUUAUCUUUUAUUAUUUGUAUUUUGAAAUCAUUUGGAGAGAGACUGCAUGUAAACUGCGAUUAAUAAAAAAAACAUAAACAAAUCGAUCCCACUAUAGUUUUAUAUACUCUUUACAAUUAAAACGAAGAAACAGGAGAACUUGUUUAAUUUAUUAUAUUUCAGCUUUUUCUUUGAAACAUGGCAAUGCAUUUUUGUCGAGUCUGUUUUUGCAUAUCACAGUUGCCCAUUAAGAAAAAUGUCAUAUGAUGGAAACACCACCUGCGACGUUUUGCUAAAUGCUUUAGAACUCACAUUUAAAACUAUUGUUGACCUUAAUGUGAACAGGUGCGUGAAGAAUAGGAGGAGCCCUUGAUUUACGUUGAUUAAUUAUUUCGGAAAGGCAACAGAAUGUCUAGCCUGAAAAGAGACAUGUGUUAUGCCUCUUGAGUUAUGGUUAGUAUAUCAAGCAGGCUAUACCUAUAGCCUAUAAACCGGAUGCAAAGGCAGCGCAAUAUGACACCUGGUUGUUUUCUAUUUUUCUUGCAAUAGGCCAAGACCUGGGUCUAUAUCAUUUCUCGAAAUGUAAUGUGACCUGAAAAAUUGCGAAUGUAGCCUACAAAGUAUUUGAAAACGAAAAAGCGUAUUUGACUAUUUAGUCCGUUUUGCUUGCGUUGUUGGGUUCGUGUUUUAAGAUCUAUGGGUACACAGACAACCCAAUUCUGAUAUUUUUCACACUAAUUGGUAUUUUCACCAAUCACAUCUUUUAUUUAACUAGGCAAGCCAAUUAAGAACAAAUCCCUAUUCACAAUUACGGCCUAUCCCGGGGGACGGUGGGCCAAUUGUGCACCGCCCUAUAGGAUUCCCAAUCACGGCCGGAUGUGAUGCAGCAUGGAUGCGAACCAGGUACUGCAGUGACGCCUCUGUAGUGAGACGCAAUGUCUUAGACCACUGUACCACUCGGAGCUAAUCUGAUUGUGAAAAAUGCCAAUUAGUGAGAGAAUAAAAAACAUAAUUGGGCCGCCUGUCUAAACGCAGCCUUAAAGGUUCAGAACCCCGGUGCCCAUGCUUGCUACACUUUUACCGAGAAAUGUGCUUCAUAGGUUAGGCUUAGGCCUAAUACGGCUUUUACUGUGGUUGCGUGUGAACCCCCCCUUCCAAUAUAGGCUAAUGAUGAUGAAAUCUCUCCUCAAAUCAAUCAUAACUGCAAAACAAGUGCAACACUUUUGCAACAUACAUGUUGGACAUUGUCCAUUGUGCCCGUUAACUGCAGACAUGGACUGCAAUGUGGUCUAGGGCCUACAAUGUAUUGUUAUUUUGUUUGUGCGGUCGUGAGUCCAAAGAGAAAAUAAGGGAACACUCCUCUCACGGUUCUGCCCCAUAUACCAUGGCUCUUGGUGCGGUGUAGAGAUAUGAAUUGAUGUCAUAUGUCUAUGGAAAACAAUGAAAGCAUGAACCUGACUGUCAUUCUAUGUGGAAUUAUUUUAAAAACAGGACUGAAAAGUGCAAUGAGUAUUAUCAAAAAAGCUGACCGAAAUGACGUAGACCAUAACGGAGCUUGAUGUUCAAGUGAUGACACUUAAUCUUUCCUCCCGCAGAUGAGAACCACCGUGCGCUGUUCACAGAGACAAACACAAACUAGUAACGUGUGUUGAAAGAUGGCACUUUGUUUGAAUAGCUUUAAGCCAACCCCUCCCAUCAACCAAUCUCUUCUACUUUCAAAGUCUUGUUGAAUAUUUCUAAAAACAACAUUGACAUAUUCCCUUUUUCAGGAAUUGUCGGUCUUCAUUUUUUUGUCCUUAGAUAGUUUAAUCUCUCUGUUCAAAUUAGACCCCUUCUAUGCGCCCUAUGGAUAUCUUGCUGGAUAAUACAUUUGAGAUGCAUCGACCCAAUUCCGUGUUUCGAAUGUGAUAUUCACAAUAAAAUAAACUGCUGUGUCGGACCAUGUUGGGCGGCAGGUAGCGCUAGUGGUUAGAGCGUUGGGCAGGUAACCGAAAUAUUGCUAGAUCGAAUCACAGAGCUGAAAAGGUAAACAUGUGUCGUUCUUCCCUGAACAAGGCACUGUUCCUUGACCGUCAUUGUAAAGAAGCAUUUGUUCUUAACUGACUUGCCUAGUUAAAUAAAUGUAAAAAUAAAUAAAUGUGAUUUCAGAUAUAAGCAAGAUGGUACUCAAAGUGUGCAUUUAUAUAGGCAUUCGUAAAAAUGUGUGUAUAACCAAGGGUUUUUGUUGAGUGGUAAGCAUCACACCUUGUUGGCUCAUGGACCAAAAUGUUAUAGUAUUCAGUCCUCUCUCUUUAUAAUUAGCAAACAUUUUAAUGGAUACUCAAAACAACCAUGCCCCAUAAUAGCCGUCUGUGUUUGGGUAGGAGUAACACCAAAUACUUUGUUUCUCACAAACCAAAUAUUUUAAUUCCGGGGAAGUGCACGGUUCUGCUCUUGACUUUCUCCAACAGCUAAAAUCCGAAUGUUAACUAGCUUGGUAUGAGUGCAGCAUGUGUGCCUAAAGAGGGGCGGAAAGGUUGUUAAUUUUUUGGGCAUACGAUGUUACAAAACUCUGUCGGCAUUAGCUGGGCGAAACAGAACAUUUGGUUAUAAAUGCAAUGCAAUGUGUUGAUUUAAUGCUGGAAAGACAGUUUAUGGGAACAUGACUCCAAACUGCAAUGGAAACAAACUAAACAAUAGAGGAUUUUUGCACUGCAUUCCACAGUUUCUCUCUCUCUCUCUGUCUUUCACACUUCACUGUCGAAUUUUACAAAGGAGCUAAAGACGUUGCAGGUGUAAUUUCUGUGGUUAUAUCCAAUUUUCUCUUUGGUUAUAUCAGUGGUAUUCUAUUGACUGUAACAAUUGCUGCUGACUUUAGGCUUCGGUGCAGAUAACAUCCUUGCAGUACAUUUUUAAUUGUAGAAGUAUAGUCAUGCUGUUUCAUUCUUAGAACAAUAUACCAAUGGACUUGUGCAAUGUUUUCGACAUGUAAACAAGUGUCCAGUAGACACAAAGCAGAAUAGGUCACUUGAGUUUACCUCAAAUACAUCAAAUAAUAAGUCCUAAAUCAAUGAGAAAACCAAUAACGAUAAGUCCUCUAAGCCGUCAUACUGACUAUUCAGUUCAAGGCUGAAUUUUAACUUGAGAUGUGUGUGAAAAACUUCCGGGCAUAUCCUUCACCGAGCCCAAUGCAUGCUUUACGCAAUGUAAUAUUUUUGCACGGUUUUUCUCAAUGCACCCCGUUUACAAUAUUGAAUAACAGUGUAUACAAAGUGAGACUACGCAAAUGGAGACCUCUUUCACCCAAGCACUGGAGUAGCCUGCUGUUAGACAAUACUCCAGGUAACACAUUGUGUGGGCCCUUACACUUUAUCUAUGGAAUUCGCCUGAUCUUUAAACUAGAAAUCAUUGGAAUAUGUGAUUAUUCUGUACAAAUAAGUCUUCAGUUCAUGCCCAUGCGUCAAAUUACGCAUAUGUAGGACUGAUUUACAUUUGCAUU